CGCUCGGACGCUCAAAAACGCUGCUAAGAGCGGAGCCGCGACGAAAAGCGGCGAAACGAAGCCUCAGGGGGCGCGCGGUAGUCCCCAUAAAGUCUUUAAGGCGGUAAGCCGCGAGAACAAAGGAAGUCUUGGUCCGUUGUGUCCAAGAUGGCGGCGCCACAGGGUCGCGUUCCCGCCGACUUCCUCCCCACGCCCGGCACGCCGGUAAUGCCGUGGCUUACGUGGAAGCGUGGCUUCCUUAACUAUCUUGAGGCGACUGACGCCGACGGUUUUCCGUCAAAGCGGAAAAGGGCGAUCUUGCUGUCCUUUUUGGGAGAAGAAGGGAAUCGCGUCGUGGAAGCGUUUGGCCUCGCUGGCCCGGCCGUUGGCGCGGCCCAGGAUGAGUUUCAGGUGUUAUUGUCCGCUCUGGACACUCACUUCGCUUCCGCUCAGAACGUUGUCGUCGAACGCAGGAAGUUUGUCACAAGGGUGCAGGGCCCAGGGGAGACGGUCCUGGAGUAUCUUGGGGCGCUUCGGCGCUUAGCCUCGUUUUGCGACUAUGGAGAGUCGUUGGAGAGCCGCGUCGCGGAAAUGUUUAUCUCGGGAAUCCGUAACGCGGAAGUCCAAGAUCGCCUUAUCAGAGAGUCCGGUGGAGCUCACGCACCGAGCCUCGAGCGUGCUGUCCAGUUAGCGCAGCAGUUCGAGCGGACGUCUCGUGAUUGCGAUCUCUUCCGACGCUUGUCGUUAGACGCAAGUCCGAACACGCCGCACGUGGUCGAGCGGAUCCAAGAUGGACGCGGUCGCGACCGAGAUGCUCAACAUGGCGGGCAGCCUCCCCGCCGCCGCGGAUCUUCCCCCCCGAGGCGUGAGCGUCCCCUUCCUCCUCCCCCGUCUCCGUCGCAGCGAGAGCCCUCCUACUCUUCCCUUCCGAGGCGGGGGCCUCCCUCUCCUCCGUCGGGACGCGCGCGGACUUUCCCUCUCCCGCCGCGUCAAGACCGCCGGCAGUCGCGAGCUCCCUCCCGCCCGUUCUCCGGUGCGCGCCCACGUGACCCUCCCCCCGGGGCGCGUCGUGUCGUUCGCGACGACGGUUGUUUUUUCUGUGGCAGACGAAGCCAACCCCGAGAUGAGUGCCCAGCAUCGGGAGCCACAUGCUUCUUGUGUGGCCGUGAGGGACAUUUUGCAAAUGUGUGUCGAAGCCGACCGAGGGGCGACCGGGAUCAUCGACAACUGGCCCUUCCUGCUGGCCGGCGGGUCUCUGCCCGCGGCUACUACGACCGUCGCCAAGCUGGUCCGACACGCACACCCGUGCGAGGCGUCGGCACGUUCUCGGAGGGUGACGACGACGAGAUGUGGCCUGGCGUUUACACGGUGGGGUCACCCGGUGGUCGUCAGGAGCAGCGACCUGGUCCCCAGCGCCGGAGUUUCACCGCCGAUGUAGAGGUGAACGGCUUCCCUCUUUCCAUUCUCAUCGACACCGGUGCUGAGGUCUCCCUUCUCUCGGAUGCGACUUUCAACCGCAUCAAUCGGAGCGGCCGCAUCAAGCUUUCAAAGCCGCCGCGCACUUUAGUGCACUACCUAAAGGGUUCCAUUCCCGUUUUGGGAUGCUUUCACGCAAACGUCGUCUUCAAGGAUCGCUUCGCGACCAUUCUCUUCUACGUUGUACGCAACGGCCGUUCACUACUCGGAGUGGACGCGGUACAGGACCUCAAUAUGAUCUUGUCUGGCGUACCGCUAAAAUGUUUCCACAUUGACGCAGCUGCUCCCGGAACAGCCGUCCCGGGACAUGUAACCGAGGCUGAGGUCCCGCAGCCAUCGUCCUCAGCGGACGCAAGUUCGCCACUCCACUCUUCUGGUGCCUUUGGCACUUUGUCGUCGGCUGUCCCCGCAGCCCAAGGUCCAUCGACCUCGUCCAGUGGCCGUUCCCCAUCGUCGGUGAGCGAUCAUUCCACGCUUCCUCCCGGUUUUGAGGAGUUUGAAGAACUUUUUUCGUCCGAGUUGGGUUUGGUUGUAAACCAGACACAUACAAUCACGGUCCGACGUCAUGUUCCGCCCGUUCAGGCGAAGCUCCGUCGUCUACCGUUCACGCUGCGCGAGUCCGUAACGGCCGAGAUCCAGAAACUCGAACGUCAGGGCGUGAUCGAGCGCGUCAGCGCCUCCGAGUGGGUCUCGCCCAUCGUGGUCGUCAAGAAGAGAGACGGCGGUAUCCGCAUGUGCGUUGAUCUUCGGGCUCCCAACCGCGCGGUCGUGAUCGACUCAUUCCCAUUACCGCAUAUCGACGAGCUCCUGAACUCGCUCAGAGGAGCAUCUUGUUUUUCAAAACUCGACCUUGCGUCGGCCUACCAUCAAGUGCGACUCGACCCCAAGAGUCGAGACCUCACAGCGUUCAUUACGCAUGAGAAUUAUUUCGCUUCAAGCGAGUCUGUUUCGGCUUGGCCUCCGCGCCAGCCGCAUUCCAACAAGUUAUGUCGAAGAUCCUCAAGGACUGCCCCGGUGUACAGUUCUACCUAGAUGACGUGAU